AUGUGGGUGGAGCGGCGGCGGCCGUGCCAAGGGCGCCCCCUGCUGGCACGGUUAGCGGCCACCGACGGGGCGGGCGGCUCUGAAGCUUGGCUGGCGCCGCUGCUCGGCGUCAGGAUCAGCCCCGGGUCGUCCCGGCCAAGCCAAGCCCGGCUUGCGCAAGUGGCUGACGCCUCCGCCCGCCCCGCGAGAGGCCCCAACAGCCCGAGCUGGCGGUGCCGUCGGGCGCGCAGUCCUCCCGGGAGCCGUCGAGGGAGAGAGGAGCGCGCCGUGCCAGGUAAAAACGGGGUGCAGCUCUCUUGGAGGACACCCCCCCCCACAUUCCACUUUGCGGGGUGGGCUGGCUCCCCGUGGUAGGCCCCUCUGCACAUGCUCAGAGGCGCAGCCUGGACGGGGUCCUUCCUCUACUUCCGAAAGAAGUUCUGGGGUUCACUCCCUCCCGACCCGCCGCCAUCCCAAGCUGUCUCCUCUCGCAGAAAACUCAGUCAGUAGGGGAAAGGAGAGGGCGCGUCGCUCCCCACAAAUAUGUGGGUCCCUCUUUCUCAGUCCCCGCAAAAAAUCCUUUGCGUGAGUAGCAGAAAAAGGAGGUGUGGGGUCAGUGAGACAUGGGAGGGCGUGAAUAAUCCAGCGGGGAGGGUCCUCUUGAGGCUGCCGUUGGGGAGAGGGCAGGACCCCCCAUCCUCAUUGGGCCUUCAUUUCAACGGACGGUGGGACCCAAUUUUAAUCCUCUUGUAACUUUCUGGGUUCUUUAAUCCUACUGCCUUUAUAUCCUGCCUUUCUCUCAAGCAUCUCAAGGCAGUUUUCAUGAUUCUCUCCCAAGGUAUUUACACCCCCCCCCAAAAAAAAACACCCAUGCAAAGUAGGCUAGGCUGGGGGCGGGGAGCAUCAUCUUACGCAGGAAGCUUUGUGACAAGAAGGGAGAUUCGAACCCAGAUCUCCCCUGUCCUGGUUAAAACACAGAAGCUCUCUCCCUUUGGGGUGCUCUGAAUGGUUUUGAGGCAUGUGCAGAGUGCCUUUCAAGAACCAAGGAGCCUGAGCUGAACUGAGGAUUUCAGAUUCAGAGGCUGAUUCAGCACUGAUUCUCCACAGGGACGGGGGGGGGGGCAGCCGGGGGGGGGCAGCACAGGCUGAUGAGUGGACUUUGUUUUGGUUGGAAGAAGCUUAGUCAGAAACUGGGAAUGUCUUAAAGUCAACAAUAAAUGAAAUAAAGUGACUGACAGGUGGCAUAGGUUUUGGCGGGGGAGUUGAAGAUUAGUGGCAGGGGGGUGGGUUGGCAUAUGAGCUUAUUUUGGGGGGCAUCUGGUUAGUCCUAGGAGAACAGGAUGCUGAACUAGGUACCCCCCAACCCAGCUGCAGUCAUCUGCUCUUCCAAUGCCCCUGUUGCCCUGUUGUGAUUUCGCCCUGUCAAAGUCCCACAGAGCAUGAAUUGAGAGCAAACUGUGUCUAUCUUGCACCCCCUUCCCUGUGGGAGACGAGGGAAGCCCCCCAUUAUUCUGCAUGGAAUGAUGCCCGGGGGGUGGUCUUAGCUGUGAUUUCUGCAUUGCAAGGGGUUGGAAUAGAUGAUCUUUGAGGGUACCUUCCAACUCUACAAGUCUAUGAUUCGAUGGGGAUAGCUCCCCUUGGGCCUGGCUCAGUGGGGAAAGGGGGAGGCAGGUUGCCUCAGCCCUUCCUAGGGUGGCUGGAACAGCGGCCAGUGGGCGGCCCCAGGAAGCGUGCCUUGGUAGCAGUCUUGCCGCCGCUUGAAGAGAGGAUCUGCCCUGACUCAGACUGUGCAACGCUGCCCCAGCAGCAGCAGCCCCCUCAGCUUCCUGGCGGCGGCUCAGUUCAGUGACUGAGAGUCAAAGGCACUUCCUGCGCUGGGAACAGCGUGUUCCCAGGGCCAGGCCAGACCCUCUUGUGCAGCCCAGAGCUGGCACAAUCCGCAGGAUGGAGAAAUCGCUUCCAGAUGCUGAGGCUGGAUGUGUCACUCAAACACACAGAGAGAGGGAAGAAGAGAAGGGAGGUGGCGGGGAGCGUUUUGACUCCCUUCUCACUCCCCACCCCCCAUCACUCACCCCAUCACCGUAUGCCCCAGAGAACAGGACAACUCAGAACCUGACAAGCGUCUUCCUCGGCCGGCCCACUCAUUGGCAAGACUUGACGCUUGUCCCAGUUUAAACCACCCUGCAGGAUAAUUCCUCCAUCACUGAUAGAAGGAAAGCUUAGUCCAGUGAGGGCGAGUUGGGGUUGAGUUCAGCACAUGUGCCCUGACACACACACACCCCACUUCCAGUGUUGCUGGGUCCUUUCUGAAACCCCUGAAGAAGGCAAGCCAGUGGGAUUUGUGUGUGUUAACCCUAUAGGCCAAGGGGCCUUCUGCAGGAACAUGAGGCCAGGGGUGAGUUCCUCAGACCCAGGGAAUUGGGAUUCUCAGGCUAGAAUCAUAGAAUCAUAGAGUUGGAAGAGACCACAAGGGCCAUCGAGUCCAACCCCCUGCCAAGCAGGAAACACCAUCAGAGCACUCCUGACAUAUGGUUGUCAAGCCUCUGCUUAAAGAUCUCCAAAGAAGGAGACUCCACCACACUCCUUGGCAGCAAAUCCCACUGUCGAACAGCUCUUACUGUCAGGAAGUUCUUCCAAAUGUUUAAGUGGAAUCUUCUUUCUUGUAAGGGGCACCCCUUCCCUCCAAAGCCAGGGAGAGGGCAGGCAUGUGUGUUUGCACCCGCCAAUGUGAUCAUAGAUUUGGGACCCCAGGGGUCAGAUCUAGUCCAACCUCUCAGUGCAGGAAUCACAGCUGAAGGAUCCAUUGCAGGUGGCCUUCCAGACUCUCUCUCCAGGUAGUCCGUUCCACUGCCAAAACAGCUCUUAGACAGUUCUUCCUAACGUUUAGUCGGAAUCUCUUUUCUUGCCAUUUGAAUCCCUUGGUUUGGGGUCCUACCCUCUGGAGCAACAGAAUACAAGUGAACUCCUUCUCCCUUGGGAGAGCCCUUCAGAUGGCUCUCAGGUCACCUGCAGUCUCCUCUUCUCCAGGCUCAUGAUAAGUCAAUGGAAGCAUAAAUUUAGGGCCCAAUGACUCUGAGACACGUCCCUUUCAUGUCCUCAUCAGCUGUCCCCUGUCGGAGGCAGAAUGCUGUGCUGGAUUCAACGGAAAGAAAGAUUUGCCCUCCUUAAACUAACCAGAGUUCUUAGGGUGGAAGCAGCCCGGCGAAGAGGAGGCCUACCUGUUGGAUGGCUGCCUGCCCUGUCCAAAGAUGUGUCCAACUGUGCCAGGCCUCUCCACUUCCCAGGACCAAAUUGCUGGCUAGCCCUUUCCCUCCUACACUUCCUUGAUCUCUUAAAGGCCCUGAAUCGAGGGCAGCAUUCCCUUCUGGGGCCGCAUGCCAGAGGCAAAAGCAGCUGGAGCAAUUAUACUCAUCCCUUCCUCUUUCCAUCCUCCUUCCAGGCAUGAAAAGAGGCAGGGUCAGAGUUCAAGGAAAGGCUUCUAGCCAGGAAGGGGCAGAGUGAGGCCAGCAAGGGGCGUGUCCUGGAGGGAGGGGGCGGGGCUGUGGGGGCAGCAAUGCUUCUGAAUACCAGCUGCUUUGAAUCUCAGAUGGGGAGAGUGUUCUUCUGCCUGAGGGCCAGGUGGAGUGGAGUGGAGGGCCGAUUCUGGCUCCUGGGUUUAAUAAUAAUAAUAAUAAUAAUAAUAAUAAUAAUAACAACAAUAAUUUUUAUUUAUACCCCACCCUCCCCGGCCAGAGCCGGGCUCAGGGUUGCUAAUAACAGUAAAAUUACAGUAGAAACAUAAUGGGGGGGGAGACCCAAUUUAAAAUACAGGUUAAAAUGCAAUUUAAAAUGCAGCCCCAUCAAAACCAUAAGGGGAUGGAAACAUAAGGGUCAGCCUGAGUCCAAACCAAAGGCCAGGUGGAACAGCUCUGUCUUGCAGGCCCUGCGGAAAGACGUCAAGUCCCACAAGGGCCCGUAGCUGUCAACUUUUCCCUUUUCUUGUGAGGAAUCCUAUUUGGAAUAAGGGAAUUUGCCUUUAAAAAAGGGAAACGUUGACAGCUAUGCACAGGGCCCUAGUCUCUUGUGACAGAGCGUUCCACCAAGUUGCGGCCAGUACUGAAAAGGCCCUGGCCCUAGCUGAGACCAAUCUAACCACCUUGGGACCUCCAAAAUGUUUUUCAUUUGUAGACCUUAAGGUCCUCCGCAGGGCUCCCCGUCAGUGAGCUAUUAGAAGAGCAACUUAGAAUAUUGGGAUUGCAGAGUUGGAAGGGACCCCAAGGGGGUCCAGCCCCCUGCAAUGUCGGAAUCUCAGCUAAAGCAUCCAUGACAGAGGGCCACCCAACUUGCACAUUAGUACCAUCAGAGCAUAAUGAGAGCUUGCUGGGUCAGGCCAGUGGCCCAUUCAGUCCAGUUGCCUCUUCUCACAGUGGCCAACCGGGUGCCCCAAUGGGAAACCAGCAAGCAGGAUUUGAACGCAAGAGCCCUCUCCCAUCCCGUGAUUUCCAGCAACUGGCAUUCAGAAACAUCGCUGCCUCUGACUGUGGAGGCAGAGCUGAGCCACUGUGGUUAGUAAACUUUGUCUAAUUCUCUGCUCAAGCCAUCUAGGUUGGUGGGCAUCACUGCCUCCUGUACAAGGGAGUUCCACAGUUUAACUAAGCCUUGUGUGAAGAAGUCCUUUCUUUUAUCUGUCCCUAAUCCUCAUUCUUGAUCCACCUCCUUUCUGUGACUGUAAGUUGUUUGAAACUGUUGUGUUUUAGUUGUUGCAACCUUCCCUGGGGCCUGAGGGUCAAGGGUACCAACUGAUGGAGGGAUGAAAUGGAAGCCGCAGGAACUUCCUACAUUGGAAGACUGGCAGAUAAAGAUGGGAGAAUAUGUGGAGAUGGCAAAGCUGACGGGGAAGAUCCGGAAUCAGUGAGACAAACUGUUUCAGAAGGACUGGAGCAAAUUUAUAUUCUAUAGGAAAGAAAACUGUAAACAUUUGAAAACGUUUGGUUUGAAUUGAAAUGCUUUGUAAUGUGAAAAUAAGGAACCGAUUUACAUAUAAGGUGGUAAUUUUUUUAAAAAAGAAGAAGAUUUAAGGUAGAAAAGAAAUGCAACAUUUAUUAAAAGAUGUUUGGAAGUCAGAAAGAGGGAGGGAAGGAAGUUGAUGCUCUGUCUGAGCAACGUUUUAUGUUUUUUUUUUUUUAAUGAUAAUUAUUAAAGUUUCACAAAAAUACAGAAAACAAGCAGAAUCCGAGACCAGGGAGAAGAGUCGGUGAAAGAAGACUGGAAAAAAUUUAAGGACUAUUUACAGAAAUAUUGUAAAAUUAAGGAACUUUGGAAGGAUGCUGGAUAGAAAUUAAGAGGUUUUUAGCUGUAAUGCUUUAAGAGACAUGGGAAAAAAAGGUUAACAAUUGGGUAAAAGAUUAAUGGUAAGGAUUUGCUGAACCAACAAACUGAAUUGGAAUACAAAGAAGGGAGGUAUGAGGAGGUCUGGGGAAAUAAGAGUAAGGAAGAUAGGUUAUGGAACAUUAUUGUGUUUUUAACUGUUUUAUUUUGUAUGUUUUUUCUUACUUUUUGCUUUUUUGCUGUAAUUUACACUUUUUUCUUUGUUUUCUGUAUUUUUGAGCAACGUUUUAUGUUAUUGAUUUGUGUAAUGAGAUGUAAUUAAAUAUGGAAAACUCAAUAAAAAUUAUUUUUUUAAAAAA